CUCAAGAGGACGGUAGGUCAAAAAGGAGAAAACAAAUCUCCAUUUUCAUACAAGAACAGAUACGUUCGGACGGGGCCUACAAUAGCUGAAUGGCUUACAGGAGCGCGUUUUAAACCAGAGGGUAAAUUUCAAUCCCUGUUGUAAAUAUUUGAUUGAAUGAAAGUUGAAAGCUGUAUUACAAUUUUACACCAAUGAAGUAGAAGAUAAAGUUUGUGUUCAUUGUUGCAGAAGGAAAAAGUGCAAUGAAAUUUGACGCGCACAGUGUUGGGUUGGAUAAGGACCUUGUCCACAGGAUCUUCUCAUGUGGAUCCAUGCCCCCCCCCCCCCCCCCCCGCUGAUAUCGUGCUCUUUCAUGUAGUUGGAAACUUUAUUGUUCCUAUUACAUGGCAGUAAUCUAUAGCCAAAAUAAUUAAUUAAGCGCGAACUUCAGACAGUCACAUAUCAAACAACCGGCUCAAGAAGAAAUCUUGUUGCUUUUCAGGUAUGUUUGACUCAAAAAACCUCCCUUUAUGGAACUUUCCGAGUGAAUAUUGGUGAACAGACUUUAUCUGACUGUGUUUAUGAUGUGGAAAAUGGACGAUGUCUCUUGACAUACAGAGUCCAAAGUGACAAACAAAAGUAAAAUUAUCUGAGAGUGUAAUCUAUUUUUAUAGUGGUUCCGAUUGAUCAGCUUAAUAGCUUUUUUAGGCAAUGUGAUUAAUAAUACUGUAAUAUCGUAGAAGUAUUUUCACCAACAGCGCGUGCUCUCAUUGGCUACUUUGAGGUCACAUGACAUCUGACGAUAAAUCUGUUUCACGCCAAAAGUUUAUGCGGACAGCAUUUCAAAAUUUAUGACUUCAGAGGGUUACGAAGGCUACCCGCAAGAGUUGACCAUUCCCUGAUAUUUGCACACGUAAACGUUUUCCCUUUAGGGCUGUACAACAAACCACAUAAUGACUCGUUCCUUGGGUAACUAUAUGACAUUGUUUCCCUCGAGUUUCAAUGUUUCCCUCGUCUUCUUUCCUUGAAAAAUGAAAUUGUUUUAGUUGAAAAUUGGUGGUUCAGCAUUAGAUCAAUAAAACAGAAUUCUUGCUAGCUUGCGAAUAUUUCACUCGCAUGUAUUGUGUGGUGGUGGAUCUCUUAUUAAGGUGAUCAGUAUAAAUUGCUGAGAUACAAAAAUAUAGACGGUAAUCUGAUCUGACGCCAACGCAUGAAGAAGUAAACAAAAGAUGACGAAACGGUAAAAAAAAUUAAAAUGUCAGUCAGCUAUUUGUUGAAAUAUAUUUUCUACGUUUUUAUCAUAUGUUGUUUAGUUUCUCAUCGCUUUCCCGUCGGUAUCAGGGUCUUAAAUGGGGGGGGGGGGAGUCCUGGUCCCGAAUUCGCACGCCUUUUUCAUGACAAUCCCGCAUGCCGAACACCCGUCAUCUCUAAUCCUAAAACCAUUUUCUUUCCCCAUUCCGCUUCUUGUGCCAAGAUUUUAGCGAAUCCUGCCUCUCGAGUGACGGUCAAUUCCCGUAUCCCGUCAAUAAAUUUCGCGUUUUCCCGAAUCCCGAAUCCCGGGUCAAAUCCCGGAUACCGAGAAACUCCUUUCAGACUCUACAGGAUCAGCUUGGCGUCUAUAUUUGUUGUAUUCAUGCGUAUGACCAGGCCAGUGCCUUAAAAGGCAUUUGAGCAUAUUGAGAUAUAGUCCCUUUAAUUUGUUCCAUUUAUCAUGUUGACAGAAAAACUUCAAUUGAUCUUAUUUGUAAAGACACAGAAGAAGGAAGAGUGGACGUUAUGAAAACAUUUGGCUCGUUUUAUGUAAGUGCAUUAUUAGUCUCAACAACAACAUUCUUUCUUUGCAUCAGACCAUAUAAGUACAUACAGCAUUGCAAAAGCUAUUUUAAGAACCAAAAUUACAUCAAAGGGCAAUUAGUCUUAGUACUCUUGUGCCUAGAUAGAGUCUCUCAACGUACGUCGUCCUAAGUUUUUCCGGUACGAAAUUGUCAUUUAUUCAUUCGGUUCGUUCGUUCGUUCGUUCGUUCGUUCAUUUAUGUAUUCAUGCAUUCAUCCAUCAGUCAUUCACCAAUUUUUAAAGUUAACUUUGAAACGCACGAAAUUAUGAAGUUUAUGGAAUGUUAUCAUGUUGCGAAGAAAAAAAACAUAAACCGAAGAGAACUAAACCGUAAACAGCGAUGUUUAGAACUUUGUGGUUUUGAAGUUUUGCUCGAGUGCCCCUGAAUUUUACUGAUUGUGAAUGGUCACUAAACUAUCAAAUUCCUGAAAUAUUUCAUGUGUUCACGGUUUACUGUGUGUGACCUAACUGCAAUUAUUUUAUGGCUGAAUCAGCGAGCGGGCAAGAUGAAGCAAAUCCUGUGUUCCUAUUGGCUACCCGAGCAGGCAGUAUAGGCCGAACUUGCACGCUCGGGAUUUCCCGCGUUGGUCCCGCAAGAAAAAGUUUUCUCUCUGGCCUCUUUUCCGUUCUUAUCGACCUCAACUCCGUCUCGGUCCAUAAAAACGCAGCAAAGAACUUUGCCAAUAUCCAGCCACCUUGACCUCACACUUGGUCAAUAACAUAUUUAUAUGACUUUCUAUGUGCGUUUCUUAGUACACAUCACUUUAUUCCAAGUGCGCAUGCCCAGGAAGGUGCAGUGGUCUCAGCCCUGGCGCAAUAGCAGGAAUUGUGUAAGUGAAGAUGUCUCCUUAAACGAUAAGAAUAACACAAGCAAAACAAUGGCGGAUAUAGAUAUUCCACUAAGUGACAGGGAGGGGGUGUUCUCUUGGCCCUGUGGGCUUCAGUGUGUCCUAAAUUGUAAUCUUGACGAGAUUUGCUUUUUUCGCCUCGCCUCGCCUUCCUCUAUCAACCUUCCGCCUCAAUCAGCGUCCAGGUGAGAUUAAUACCGCCUUUGUCUCACCUAGCCUGCGAACAGCAAACGUCGGAAAUACGUCUGCUGUUGGCAGGCUAUGUCUCACCCAAAGCUCGUUUGAAUUACUUCGUUAAUGAAAAAUCUAGCAUUCUAACUUUAUUCAGCAAAGGAAACCGAUUACCACUCGACUCCUGUUAGCGCUUAGUUUUAAUUUUAGUACCAUAAUCCUAAUUCUGUAAUCCUAUUUCCUCAGGAUUGGAUCUAUUGUUGCGUUCCUGAUAUUAGCUUUCGUUGUUUUUAUUUGCUAUGUCCGCUGCAUGCUGGCAGAUGUAGAGACUAAACCGUCUAUAUGGACCACAAUUAAGGUGAGCAAUAAAAGCACUUUAAAAUUCAUAUGA